AUGGCUGACUUAAUUGUUCAAUCACGAUUUGCCGGACUUGAUAUUGAAGAUGAUGAUGCUUCACCCAUUUGCAUCCCAAAACCCAAGAGUAAUAAACCUGAGAACACAAAAAAGUGCGAUGUUUCUAAAAAGGCAAAGAGUAACGGUAACAAAUCUCAGAAUGCCAAUAAGAAAAAGAAGCAAAAGCAAAAUGGCCCUUCUUCAGAACAGUGGGAACAGUGGAAGCAAAAAGAUGAGCAACUUGUUGAUGGAAGUUUUGAGACAGAAUUACAACAGGCAAUACUUUUAUCCAAACUCGAUUAUGAAGAAAAAAAAGAUGUUUACAAACAUCUUAAGAAGGAAGCUGAUGCAGAGAACAAAACAAAUAGACCGGAAACACGUACAAAUAACAAAAAACAAAAGAAAAAGACUGUCAUGAGUUUGGAACAAUUUAAUGACAUGGGAGAGAUGAAAGACAAAGCUGAGGUAUUGGUGGAAGUAGAGCGUCUCAGAGCGGUACAGGCCGAACUCACAACCGAACUGGAGUCGCUACACACUGAUCUUGAGAAAGAACGUUCCAGAAACACGGACAACAGAUCUAGAGAUAAGAAAUAUCCAAAUAAAAAGAAAACUAUUCGUUUCGAUGUAUCUUCAGAAGCUCUCGUAUCCAAAGAGUCUGCUUGUGGGACAGAC